AUGUCUGACGGCGCCAUCAAGAACGGAGUCUUCUCCAUCGGCAACACCGUUGCUCCCAAGCAGGACCAGGUCCUCCCUCUCUUCUCCCUCAAGGGCAAGACCGCCAUUGUCUCCGGUGCUGGCGCCGGUAUUGGUCUGGCUGUCGCCCACGGCUUCGCCGAGGCCGGUGCCAACGUUGCCAUCUGGUACAACAGCAACAAGAAGGCCAUCGAGCGCGCCGAGGAGAUUGAGAAGAAGUAUGGCGUGAAGUGCAAGGCCUACCAGGUCAACGUCACCGACGAGGCCAACGUCAAGAAGCAGGUCUACGACAUCGUCAAGGAGUUCAACGGCCGUCUGGACAUCUUCGUUGCCAACUCCGGUAUCCCGUGGACCCAGGGCCCCGCCAUUGACGGCGAGAUCGCCCACUACCACAAGGUCGUCUCUACCGACCUUGACGGCACCUUCUUCUGCGCUCGCGCCGCCGGUGAGAUCUGGAGGAGGCAGUGGAAGGAGGGCACCGACCUCAAUGGCAACAAGCUCGAGAACUACAGCUACGGUAGCUUCAUUGCCACCGCCUCGAUGUCUGGCCACAUCGUGAACAUUCCCCAGCUCCAGGCUGCCUACAACGCCGCCAAGGCUGGUGUCAUCCACCUCUGCCGCUCCCUCGCUGUUGAGUGGGUUUCCUUCGCCCGCGCCAACUCCAUCUCGCCUGGCUACAUGGCCACCGAGAUUUCCGACUUCAUUCCCCAGGAGACCAAGGACAUCUGGAAGAGCAAGAUCCCCAUGGGCCGUGAGGGUGAGGCCUAUGAGCUCAAGGGUGCCUACCUCUACCUUGCCUCGGAUGCCUCUUCUUACACCACCGGUGCCGACAUCAUCGUCGACGGUGGUUACGCCCUUCCUUAA